UGGUAAUUGGAGUUUAACGCAAUUACUCUCUCCCCCCUUAUCUCUUCCUCUAUAUAUAUUAUAUUUAAUUAUCUUUUUGUGGUUCCUCUUCUUCUUCAUAUCAAACUGCAACGAAGAGAUUUUUCAGUCUCAGAUUUGUAUUGAAAUUUCUCCUUGAAGAUAUAUAAUUUGAUCUUUUAGAAUGGGCGGAAGUUGGGUUGACGAUGAUUGGGAGAUCACUUCUCCUUCAAAUGGGGUUCAGACUGUGGUUUUGGUUGGACGUACCGGUAAUGGCAAAAGUGCAACUGGCAAUAGCAUCAUUGGAAGGAAGGCAUUCAAGUCAAGGGCGAGUUCAGCUGGUGUUACAAGUACUUGUGAGCUGCAGAAGACCGUACUGAAAGACGGCCAAGUUCUUAAUGUCAUCGACACUCCUGGCUUAUUUGAUUUUUCUGCCGAAUCUGAAAUAUUCAUCGGCAAAGAAAUUGUCAAGUGCAUCAAUAUGGCCAAGGACGGCAUCCACGCUGUUCUAGUUGUUUUCUCAGUAAGGACACGCUUCUCGAAAGAAGAAGAAGCUGCUCUUCACAGCCUACGGACUCUGUUUGGAAGCAAAAUCAAUGAUUACGUGAUCGUGGUUUUCACUGGCGGUGAUGACCUCGAGGAAAAUGAUGAAACGCUGGAAGAUUACUUAGGCCGUGAGUGCCCUGAACCUUUAAAGGAAAUCCUGACAUUGUGUGAAAAUCGGUUGGUGCUUUUCGACAACAAGACUAGUGAUACACUCAAGAAAUCUGAACAACUUCAGCAGCUUCUUUCCCUUGUGAACAAGGUCAUGGCACAGAAUGGUGGAAAGCCAUAUACAGAUGAGAUAUUUACUGAACUAAAGGAAGGAGCUAUGAAACUCCGUGAUCGUGCAGAAGAGGUUAAUUCCUUGGAGAGGUGUCCUAAAGGGGAGAUGUCGGAGAUGAAGGAGCAAAUGCAGAGAUCGUAUAAGGAGUAUAACGAGCAGCUGAAGCGAAUAACAGAAAUAGUUGAGUCGAAGCUUAGAGAGACCACUUGUAGGCUUGAGCAUCAGUUGGCGGCAGAGCACGCUGCACGAUUGAAGGCCGAAAAGAUUGCACAAGCUUCUCAAAUGAAGUCUAACGAUGAAAUUCGUAAGCUGAGAGAACAUCUAGAGAGAGCUCAGAGGGAGACGCAGGAGCUUCGCAAGCAAGCUGAAAGUGGCAGAUGUGCCAUUCUUUAAUAAAAUUAUGGUGAAAUGCUGACACCCACCUCAGGUUUUCUUUUAUCGACUUUUUGAGAAAUUGCUCAGCCAACAGAGUAAACUUUCAAAGAAUCAAUUUUUAUGUUGAUUAGUUAGAAAUCCUUCCAAAUAUUGUGUUUCUUUUGGAUGAAUGCUUCUAAGUAUUUUGUUGAUAGCGUGGCCAGUAGUCUUUCAUUGCUUUUUUACUUUUAUUAAAUGAAAUAUAUUUGAAUUCUUUGGCUAA